ACAGCCAAAAGUAUUCAGACCCUUUGCUGUGACACUCAUAUAUUUAACUCGGGUGCUGUCCAUUCCUUCUGAUCAUCCUUGAGAUGGUUUUACACCUUCAUUGGAGUCCAGCUGUGGUUAAUUGUACUGAUUGGACUUGAUUAGGAAAGCCACACCCCUGUCUAUAUAAGACCUUACAGCUCACAGUGCAUGUCAGCGCAAAUGAGAAUCAUGAGGUCAAAGGAACUGCCUGAAGAGCUCAGAGACAGAAUUGUGGCAAGGCACAGAUCUGGCCAAGGUUUCAAAAAAAAUUCUGUUGCACUUAAGGUUUCUAAGAGCACAGUGGCCUACAUAAUCCUGAAAUGGAAGACGUUUGGGACAAUCAGAACCCUUCCUAUAGCUGGCCGUCCAGCCAAACUGAGCAAUUGGGGGAGAAGAGCCUUGGUGAGAGAGGUAAAGAAGAACCCAAAGAUCACGGUGGCUGAGCUCCAGAGAUGCAGUCGGGAGAUGGGAGAAAGUUCUACCAUCACUGCAGCCCUCCACAAGUCGGGGCUUUAUGGCAGAGUGGCCCGACGGAAGCCUCUCCUCAGUGCAAGACACAUGAAAGCCUGCAUGGAGUUUGCUAAAAAAAACACCUGAAGGACUCCAAGAUGGUGAGAAAGAAGAUUCUCUGGUCUGAUGAGACGAAUAUAGAAAUUGUUGGCCUUAAUUCUAAGUGGCGUGUGUGGAGAACACCAGGCACUGCUCAUCACCUGUCCAAUACAGUCCCAACAGUGAAGCAUGAUGGUGGCAGCAUCAUGCUGUGGGUAUUUUGCAGCUGCAGGGACAGGGAGACUGGUUGCAAUCGAAGAAAAGAUGAAUGCGGCCAAGUACAGGGAUAUCCUGGACAAAAACCUUCUCCAGAGUGCUCAGGACCUCAGACCGGGCCGAAGGUUCACCUUAAAAAAAGACAAUGACCCUAAGCACACAGCUGAAAGGGUGCUUCUACUAAAUACUGAGCAAAGGGUCUGAAUACUUAUGGCUGUGUGAUAUUUCAGUUUUUCUUUUUUAAUAAAUCUGGAAAAAUUUCAACAAUUUCUUUUUUUUCCUGUCAAUAUGGGGUGCUGUGUGUACAUUAAUGAGGAAAAACAUGAACUUAAAUUAUUUUAGCAAAUGGCUGCAAUAUAACAGAAUGAAAAAUUUAAGGGGGUCUGAAUACUUUCCGUACCCACUUUAUCUAGAUGCACAGGUUACGAUUCAAUUUAAAAGCGAUAUCUUAACGAUACGAUUCGGUUCAGUAUUGGAUUUGGUGCGGAAACAAUGCAAUAGUUAACAUUUGUUGACGUAGACGUCAGUCAUAAAGAACUUUAAUUUGACUUGACUUUGAGUUCAUUUUGAAUGCUAUAAAAUGACAUAUGUCAAACCCUGAUUUCAAACAUGUAAAAGACCACUGAAAAUUGUUGCUUUAUGGCACUAACAAUCUUUAAAAAAUGCAUUAUAUGCAUUUUGAAAUAUUAAAAUUGAUUAUUUAAAUAGACCACAACUAUUAAUUUGGUAGAGAAAACAAUCUUCACAAACACAGUAGUUAAAAGACAAGGGUGGUCCAGCACACGAUGCCAUUCAAGCUACACAUAAUGCUUGCUUUUUUUUUUGUUUUGUUUUUUGUCUUUUUGGGGUCGCAAAGUACCAACACGGGAAUGUAUACAGUGCCGUACAUUAGGUCCCUUCUCAAAGUCUUAUAUUUUUGCAUAGUUUCCCCACUUUAAGAUCAUCAAACAAAUGUAAAUAUCAGACAGAUAUAACCCAAGUGAACUGAAAAGACUGUUUUUGAAUGGAGAUUUCAUUUAUUUAGGGAAAAAAAAACUAUUCAAACUCACCUGGCCCUGUGUGAAAGGAAUGACCCCUUAAUCUAAUAACUGGUUGUGUUAUACUCACCAGCAGCAACUAAACUCGUUUUCUAUAACUGGCAAUGAGUCUUUCAUAUCUCUGUGGAGAUAUUUUAGCCAACUCUUCCUUGCAGAAUUGUUUUAUUCAUUCAUUCAUCUUCCAUACCGCUUAUCCUCACUAGGGUCGCGAGCAUGCUGGAGCCUAUCCCAGCUGACUCUGGGCGAGAGGUGGGGUACACCCUGAAUUGGUCGCCAGCCAAUCGCAGUGCACAUAGCAAAAAUGGGGGGUUUUCAAGCAUGAAUGGCCUUUUUAAGGUCGUGCCACUGCAUUUCAAUCGGAUUCAAGUCUGGACUGGGCCAAUCCAAAACCUCCAUUUUAUUUUUUUAAGCCAUUCAGAAGUUUACUUGCUGGUGUGUUUUGGAUCGUUAUCCUGAUGCAGAACCCAAGUGCACUUCAUCUUGAGGUCAUGAACUAAUAGCUGAACAUUCUCCUUGAGUAUUUUCUGUUAAAGAAUAAAAUUCAUGGUUCCACCAAUCACAGCAAGUUGUCCAGGUCCUGAAGGAGCCAUGCACCCUUUUUUUUUUUUCCUUAAUAAAUGAAAUCAUUUUAAAACAGCAUUUUAAGUUCACUAGGGUUAUAUUUGUCUGAUAUUUACAUUUCUUUGAUUAUCCUAAACAUUAAAGUGGCGAAACUAUGCAAAAAUAUAAGAAUUUGAGAAUGGCGCCAAUACCUAUUUCACUGCACUGUAUAUGACCCAAGGGAAUUGCCGAGAUCUACCCACCUUUGCCAUAUUGUCUGCACAUUUACCAUCCGCUGCACACAUUUUGUGAACGCUGCUUUGCUAUCGCUCUGACCACGAAAGUAGCUUAACUACUGAAAAGCUAUUUGAUGUUGAAAUAGUAAUGCUAUGAAGAAAUGUACUUAAACUAGUAGUGGUGCUAGUGCCCACCACUGCAGAUUUCAAUUGUAAGCAAAAUGUUAUGUUUUAAGCACUUGUUUUAAGAGAUGAAAAUGUAAAGCCUCAGGCAACCGAUUCCUAGCCUCGCGGUAUCCGGUCCACGCCCUACAACGGAUGUAUCUCAGGAUUCCUGGCAGGUUUUGUAUCGAUUAUGGAGUCUGCUACCGAUACAAUCGAGAGCUCUCUCCUAUACGAACGCCUAUCCGGUCACAUUGGUUUAGCGUUCCCAACACUAUUUAGAAUGUACACAGCCACUCCCACCACACUCCAGUUGCACAGCCAGGUCCACUACCCUUUUCCUGUCUCUUUCCCCUCCUGUCCCUGUCCCUGACCCUGUCCUGUUCUGUCCUGUCCUACGUUGUCCUGUUCUUCUCUCACAGUAUGUAGCACCUGUGUCCCGUAUAAAACUCGAAACAGUUUGACAUUAUAGUAUGCAUAUAAUUUUUGGUUUUGUGACGUGAAAAAGGUGACGUAACACAGUGGUAAACGUGCCCCUGUCCCAGCUUUUUUGGAACGUGUUGCAGCCAUCAAAUUCAAAAUCUGUGAGUAUUUGCAAAAAAACAAAAGUUUACCUGCUUGAACAUUAAGUAACUUUUCUUGGUAGUGUAUUCAUUUGAAUAUAGGUUGAAAAGGAUUUGCAAAGCAUUGUAUUCCGUUUAUAUUUACGUUUGACACAACGUCACAACGUGAGUUUUUUAAACAAGUGCUAUUUCCUCUUAAAUAUCACCUAAACAACUGAGUCACCUAUUGAAUUUUUUGGGGGAAAUUUGAGGAUGCAAGAAUUGACUUGUCCCAGAGUUGCUUUUCGGAGUUAUACCACUGUUCACCCUCAUACAGCUUCUUGUUAAGAAUCCCACAGGUAUUUUUCCUUCUUUUAUAACUUUAGGAGCCACAGCUGCAGUUGUAUUUUCUGUAGCGUCGAUUAGUGUGUUGUUUUGCACGAGAAUUUUUUCCUGCAAAAAGCACGGCUCUUGUUUUUAUACCAUGGCAGGAGAUGGUCAGUUAGAAACCCCACACAUUUUGCACUGGUCAUUUUUAGACACCUUCAGGCACCCACAUCACUCUAGGUUAAAAUUUGGCUUGAUGUACAACUUCUGCCCCUGCAUUCACAUUGCAUAUUAUGUUAAAGAAUAGAUAGGAUUUUACAGAUUUUUUUUUAUUCACUUAUAAAAUAUAUUUAUAAUACAACACCUAUGAGGACAAAAGGUCCUCCGUUCGAAACUCAAUAAUUUCUGCAAGUAGUUUCUAGAAUUGUGGCCGUUUUGUUUGGAUUUCAGAACCAAUUUUCCCAUUGAGAUUUACUACACAGUAUGUAGAAUAAUUAAUUCCAGCCCAAACUAUCAACACCAUAAACGAUUUAUUAACUGUACUGGCAACGUUUUAAGUUAUAUUAUAACAUUGUUAACUGCCAUUCAAAUAAAAUCAGUAUUUAACUAUUGCAAUAUUAAAGUUACGGUAUGUAAAAUUUUUUGUUUAAAAAAAAAAAAAAAAAAAAAAAAUUUUUUCACCCGAGCAACUACUAAUUAAGCUUAUGAGCUCCUCUAACAUAUUUCAGUAUUUUUCAGUGCUUGAUCCUUUGUAUUUCGUGUCCACCAGAGACAUUCCCUCACUGGUUCACUUGGUGGCGCACCGAAAAUGACGUAGCGGAAAUUACGUACCGGAAUUUACACAUUUUACUGAGCAGUCGGUGGAAUGCAGCCCCUUUUCUCCUGUUUGUAAAAAACAUGUCUUUUUUUGUAGCAGAAAAUAAUCAUACAAUAAUUACUGUGGAAAUGAAAAUAAUUACAGUGAACAAACGUAAGACAUAUUUCAGAGGUCUCUUUGUCUAUUUUUGUUUUUUUGUAAAUUAAAUGUCCAAUAUAUAUAUUUUUUUUCAAUAUUUCCCGUUGCCCAACAAGGUGCCCAACGUAAAAUGCACGCACUGAACAAUACAUGCACAAAACGCAGCAAUAAUAGGGAGUAACUCACUCUCUCUGCAUUGUUCUGCUGGCGAUAUUUCUGUCUGAUAUCUUCAUCACAAAUGCAGACAAGCUUCAAUGAUAAAAUUAAAAAAUAACAGCCGUCUGCCGCUAAUGAAAUCCACACAUCUUCCCAAGGACCCCUAAGCUGCCCAGCAAGGUGUUUGACGUAACAUAAAUGAAGUUCAGCACUGUCUGAGCAAUGCAUGCACAAAACGCAGCAAUAAUAGUGAAUUUCCAACAAUUGCCUCUUCCAUAGAAUCACUUUUCUCCACUGGCUGUCCUUCUAAACAGAAUAAAAAUUUUAUGAAAUGAUGACACUCGUUUGCAAGCAUUGAAGCAUUACUAGUAGCCUUGUCACUCUUCUCUGAAUUUGGGAAACCUUUAUAGCGUUUGAGUGGCCUUUCUUGUCCUGAAAAUUUCUACAAAUGUACUUUGGUACACACAGACACAUCCACGCAGACACACACACACACACACUCACACACAUACACACCCACCCACACACACACACACCCACACACACCCACCCCCCUUGCCUACCAGGAGUGAGUGGAGUGCACUAGUUCAAUGUUUUGUUUGCAGCUCUCAGAUUGACAAACAGCAACAAAGAGGGUUUUAAUGGACAGUUGUUUUACACAAGCAGUUAUUUUUACUCAGCUGGAGAAAAAAAAAAGCAACAAUAUGCUAUUGGAAGCAGAUGACAAAGUGCACAUUAUGUAGUUAGCGUGCUACAGUAUAUUGCACUCAGAAGUCACCAUUGCAGUCUUUUAGGACCUCUUUGUUUCUUUUUAGCAAUCCUAAAAAUAUGAAGUUUUAUUGACUAAAAUAUUUAUCGAACAAAAGGAGACUGUACACUGCAAUAUUCUCAGUAGUAAUUUAAUAUAGGUAAAGUCCUCACUUUGUGGAUCAUUCCAUCGCUUUAAAUAGUUGUCUUAUUGAACUGCUCUGGGGAAAUUUAAGUUCUGUCUGCUCCUUGCCACUUCCUCUCUUUCACCUACUUUCAUGUGAUAAAGGAGACUGGGAACCUGUUGUCUUUAAUUGAUUAAUCCUAUGGAGAAAUGUGGGUCACUACUGUCUAUUUUUAUUCUGGGAGUCUAGAAAAGAUUAGAGAUGUAUUAACCCACCUUGUGAAGUGUAGUUGAUUUGUAAUGAUUUAGUUCAUAUUAAAAUGCCCAAAAUGUGCUUUGAUUUAAUCGUAACGAAGGAUGUGGAGAUUUUUUUGUUAUUCUUGUAAGCCCCACUGGGAUCUGGCGUCGCGUUACCCUUUUACCAUAUGAAUCCAAGUCAGACAUCUCAUUGUCUGCUUUGCUACUUGUGUAGUAAUUCUUCUGCGAUAGUUUCAACUGCUGAAACAUCAGCAGCAGGGAAGACCAAAUAGUCAAUUUAUUUAACGAUUUUAAUGUCCGAUAUUGUAUAUGCUAUCACUAAACACAUCUCUCUAUAUUUUUAAAGAAUUAACUGUAAGUCAAUAUACCAUCUAUUGCUUGCUUUUUUGCUUUCAAUUAUCUGGUGAAUGCAAAAAUUCCCAAAUAUUUACACAAAUACCUAUAAUUUAGCUUUUUGUCGCAUUUUGAGCAAAGGUUAUUCUUUUGAUUAUUAAGGAUAAGCGAUAUGAAAAAUGAAUGGAUAAUUCCCUUGUUCAUUUUAUGAACAUGUCGUUUUGCAACUCAAAGAACAAAAGAUGUCUGUUGUGUCCGGCAGGUGAUGUUAUUUAAGCCCAAGCACUGACCUUGUAAAUAAAUAAAUAAAGUCUUCAUAAAGAGAGAACCAAUUAUCCUUUUUUUUUGUGACCACUUGGUGUGUUUUAGCACAGUGUAAAUUCAGUGAAUAAUGUCAAUGUACAUGUUUCGAGUUCAAACCUUCCAUUGCUGUAUUUCAACAUGCUCUUCUCACACAUAGGCCAGAGACUAAUUUCUUUCCCAAAGUACUUUCCUCCUCCUCACCCACCCACCCAGCCCUAAACCCCCACCCCCGCGACAGCCGGUGUUUCCUCUGCUUUGUGCCGGCAGUUUGUUGUGACUGCCCUGCAAAGAGUCCUUAUCGUUGUUGUUAUAAGGGCUCUGCUCUAACAUGGCUGACCUUCAUUACUUGCGGAUGCAGUCUGACCCAAAGGUCAGUUGAGCCCAGUUGGCAUCGAGCACUGUUUUCUUUUUCUGCUUUCCAUUUUUUAUCCCUUCCUUUCUCACAUGAUUAGACAACCUCCUCUUCCAUCCAUAGACUAGAAAAAAAAGUUGAACACAAUCCAGUUCUGCGAUGCAAUUAUUAACUGUCAGACGUGUAUAAAGAAAUCAACCACUAAUGCAAUGUCACAUUAAAGCAUAAUACAGCUGCAGCUCUGAGGGGGAAAAAAGGAGACCACAGCAAAAUAAAAUUUAUUGCGCCAAGACAAGAAAAAUAUUCCUGCGACUGACAGGGAUGACACCUUAGAACAUGCAAGGGAAUAAAGAAUGACGCUCCGAGCGAUCCCUUUCUUGCAAAGCUAUCGCCAAAAAUGGCCGGCCAUAUGGCGAGAUGCUCUCGGCCGCUUGCCAGCUGAUCGUCUGCCGACCAGGAUUUGAGUAAAUGGGAUCCGGAAUCGUGAUGAGUGAACUCCCUUUGGAUCGCCUAGAAGCACCCAAGCUUCAUUCAGAGCUUCCUCCGGAUGAUAUUGGAGACGAAGCUCGUCCAACUUGCAGUAAUUCAACACCCGCAAGUCGAACAUCUUUUAGGAUUGCGACGAAGAAAAGCAUUUUUUUUUUACCUAUGCAAAACACAUCAUCAAUAAAAAGUAUUCUCUAGUAAUCGUAUGUAUUUUUUUUUCCUUUACAGGUUAUUCAUCCAGCAGACGUUCGACUCCCAUUCCAGUACGUAGUGCCAACAAAAAAGGUUGUGCUGCAAGCAGAAGUAUGGACUGGUUUCAAGGACAAUGACAACCGCACAAGAUCCCAUUCACCGCCACCAAAGAAUAAAAUCCAGAUGUUGAUAAAACUUUGCUAGAUUUUAUGCGCAAGGUAAUAAAAACCUGGACUAUUGAGCAAACUGUACAGGAGGAGAAUUACGUGGAAGAAAGUGCACGUGUCGGAGCUUCAUUUGUUCAUGCAUUUUUUUCUAAUGUAAAUUCUGUACAUUGUUAUACUUGUAAAUAAAGUUUUCUGUCAAAAGUACUUUCUCAGUGUUGCUUUAUGUUCACGUUUGAGAUUUUCACUAAAGAAAAAAAAUACUGGUGUCAAAGUCAUUGUUCUACUUGAUCUGUCUGCUUUCACAAAAAGGCUUUCUUCUUUUUUUUCCCUCCAGAAACAGAUUUGGCUGAAAGUAACCUAUAUUUGACUGCUGAUUACUGAAGAAUGGUAUAAGCUAGAGACAAACUUAUUUUUCUGGUGAAAGAAGAGACUCAGAUCUUUCUUUUGGUGGUUUUGGUGUUGACAUAGUCAUGGUACACAAUAUUCUGUGGGACUUGAAAAAUGAGUGAAAUUGCUCGAAAAUACCUGGAAGUCUAGGGGUUCCUUGCUCAGGAAACGGCUGGCAGUGAAUGAGUUAAACAAGUGGCUAUGUUUAGCAGGGCCAAUAAUCGACAGCUCAGUUUCCUCAGGGUUGAUGAGCAAAAAGUUACAGGACAUCCACUGUUUAAUCUCAGCAAGACACGACUCCAGAUUAGCGUAGGCUAGUUAGUUUUAACAGCAUGUAUAGCUGAGUAUCAUCGGCAUAACAGUGAAAGCUAAUCUUAUAUUUGCGUCUAAUAUCGCCAAGCGGCAGCAUAUGAAUACUGAACAAAAGAUGGCCGAGUACUGAUCUCUGCGGGACUCCACAAGUGACAUUGUAAUACUCAGAGGUCACAUUACCAUGUAUUACAUGGUGCGUCCUACCCGAAAGAUAAGAUCUAAACCAAGAAAGUGCUGGGCCUGUAAUACCAAUACGUAUUUCAAAGCGAUCUAGUAGUAUAUUAUAAUCAACGGUAGCACCACAGCCCAUCCCAGGUCCCAGGGCAGGGGGCUCCCUUUGAGGAAACACUGGAAACAGUAAAAUAUUACUGAAAGAUAUUACUCAAACCUAAAAAUGAUAAAAGCAUAACUAUUGAAGUGUUGUACACCUCUAGUGCUACAUGAAAGAAACUGCCUAAAUACAGUUCAGUUGUAUUUAACUUUUAAAUUCCUUACAUUUGCAUUUAAUCUUGAAGAACUGUUCAUUUUCAAUUCAUUUCGGUACAGUAUUUGUGUAACUUAUAUGCAAUACAUUUUAAUUGAAUCAUGAAGGAAUGUUUGUCUAUAUGUGCCCUGUGAUUGGCUGGCGACCAGUUCAGGGUGUAUCCCACCUCUCGCCCAAAGUCAGCUGGGAUAGGCUCCAGCACAUCCAUGACCCUAGGGCGGAUAAGCGGUACAGAAAAUAGAUGGAUGGACUUCAUGUAACAAGUUUGAGAACCACUCAUUUAGAGCAUGUAUUUGCAGGAAAGAAAUGGUAAAAAAACAAAAAAGGAUGACAACUGGGGUGAGACCACCACGGCCGUGACUGGCACGUCGGAACACAGCCUUUCUCAGGAAGACAUUGUGCGCAUCACUAAGGACCUGGAGGACAGUGUGGGGCUUGACUGCCGCCGCUAUUUUACGCUCAUCCUUGCAGCGAUCCUGGGCCUCCUGGUCUUUUUCUCACCGCUGGCCUUCAUGGUCCUCCCGCACCUGCUCUGGCCAGAGAAGCUGCAGAGCUGCGGCACGGCCUGUGAAGGCCUCUUCAUCUCUGUGGCCUUUAAAUUGCUCAUCCUGCUGCUUGCUGUUUGGGCCCUCUUCUUCCGGCCACCACGAGCCAGCCUCCCGCGCCUCUUUGUAUUCCGGGCUCUGCUUGCUGUUCUGGUGCUGCUCUUUGUGGUCUCCUACUGGUUGUUCUAUGGCGUGAGGAUACUAGAUUCGCAGGAUGAAAACUACCAGGGGAUCGUGCAAUAUGCUGUGUCACUGGUGGACGCGCUACUCUUCAUUCACUACCUGGCCAUCGUGCUGCUGGAGUUAAGGCAGCUUCAGCCCUACUACUCUGUGUGUGUCACACGUUCCACAGAUGGCGAGACCAGACACUACAACUUGGGACAACUCAGUAUUCAGCGGGCAGCACUGGCCAUAUUGGAGCACUACUAUUGUGACUUCGCCAUCCAUAACCCAGCUUUGCUGUCCGCCUCCAAGUCGCGCACUGCCAAGCACCUGGCUGGUCUCAAGGUGUACAACGUGGAUGGGGACUUUCCAGCAGCCCCUGCUGAAGGUCCAGAGAACAAUGCAGCCACAGGGCUGGCACAUUCCCAGUCCAGAGCCAUGAUCGCAGCUGCCGCCCAUUGCCGGGACUCCAGCCACAACGAACUCUACUAUGAGGAGGCCGAGCAUGAGAGGCGCGUCCGCAAACGUAGAGCACGACUGGUGGUUGCUGUAGAAGAGGCCUUCACUCAUAUAAAGCACAUGAAGGAGGAGGAGCAGAAGAAAGCUCCAGGAGAUGUGAUGGACCCGCGAGAGGCAGCACAAGCCAUCUUCCCAUCCAUGGCACGGGCCCUGCAGAAGUACUUGAGGACAACCAAACAGCAGCACUGCCAUAGCAUGGAGAGCAUCCAGCAGCACCUGGCUUUCUGCAUCAGCAACAACAUGUCACCUAAGGCCUUCCUGGAGAGUUACCUGAAGCCAGGUCCUACUUUGCAGUACAGCCGGAACCACUGGUUGGCCCGUCAGUGGACGCUGGUCAGUGAGGCGUCAGUCACCAGUGGCCUGAGAGACGGCACCGUCUUCGUUCUUAAAUGUGCAGACUUCAGCUUGGUGAUGACCGUCAAGAAGAUCCCCUACAUCCGCAUGUCAGAGGAGUACAUUGACCCAAAGUCCCACAAGUUUGUCCUGCGAUUACAAUCGGAGACCUCCGUCUAGGUCUUUUGUAUAGGUUAUUUUUACCUGUCUUUUUUAUGGAUCAAUAUAUCACACACAUUUUUUCAAGUUUUUGGAAUGUUUAUGAUGGCUUGUACAUGUGGAGUAAAAUUCCCAGUAUAUGCUCUGCUUGUGAUCCUGAAUCAGAAGCAAAGUUCUGUCCAUUGUUUGGAAAGAAUAACGGUGGGAAUGGAUCUGCAUUUCCUAACUUCUCUCGAAUGAUGAAAAAGUAUAGAUACAAUCAGACUCAUUUUGGAGUGUCAAUCAAGGACCAAAUCCACUUCAAAUACAUCUUUAGGACUAUGGACAAAAACAUACCUCAAGGCCAUUACGCCUGAGUUCAAAAGUUGAACAGUUUUAGUUAAUGAGGUGAAAAAAAAGUGAUUUAUAUUCACUGGAAAUGUGUGUUCAUGUUUCGAGAUCAGGGUUGUACGCUACUGCCACCUGGUGAACAUUGAACAUAACUACUGAGUGGUGAACGCUUUGUGGAUGCCAAUACACUGUAUCUGUUUAUGUAUGAACAGCUGUAUGUAUGUACAGUAUAUUUGUUUACUCAUAUGUUGCGCUUGUCGCCUUUUCAUCCCCAUUUCUCACGCUGUUGCCAGGUUACUGUCCAACUCUGUUGAACAGCUUUCCUAUGACUUCCAACACGGGCCUUUGUAUUGGGUAACAAAAUUAAAGACAUUUUAUGACUGUU